GAAAGGCCGAAGAAAGGGGAAAAUAAGUAACACUGCCUAAACUCUCUUUUCUACCUUACAAUUUAUACUGUACCUUUGAAGGUAGUAAACUUGUGAGAAAUGGCGAUGGACAAGUUGGAAUUGCAGAUAUAUAAUACAAUGACGAAGCAGAAGUAGGUUUUCAAAUCGAAGGAACCUUGGCAAGGUUAAAAUGUACAUAUGUGGUGUUAGCCCCUAUGACUUCAGUCACAUCGGCCAUGCCCGUUCAUAUGUCGCCUUCGACGUUCUCUACAGAUAUCUGAAAUACUUGAGAUAUGAUGUUGUGUAUGUGUGCAACUUCUCAGAUGUAGAUGAAAAGAUAAUUCGUCGGGCUAAUGAGUUUGGAGAGGACCCAAUAGCUUUGAGUGGUCGAUACUGCCAGGAGUUUCAAAAAGACAUGGAUGAUCUCCAAUGCCUCCCACCAACUCAUCAACCUCGUGUUAGUGAGCAUAUGGAGGAGAUUAAGGAAAUGAUAGCUAAGGUAAUGACUAAUGGCUAUGCCUAUACAGUUGAUGGAGAUGUUUAUUUCUCUGUCGAUAGUUUUCCAGAGUAUGGUCGCCUAUCUGGACGAAAAUUAGAAGAUAAUCGAGCUGGAGGACGCCUUGCAGUUGAUUCAAGAAAGCGAAAUCCUGCUGACUUUGCCUUGUGGAAGGCUGCAAAGCCUGGUGAACCAAGUUGGGACAGCCCCUGGGGUCGUGGAAGACCAGGUUGGCAUAUAGAAUGCAGUGCAAUGAGUGCCUACUAUUUAACACAUUCUUUUGAUAUACAUGGUGGUGGAAUGGACUUGAUUUUUCCUCACCAUGAGAAUGAGAUUGCCCAGAAUUGCGCUGCUUGUGGCCCGGAGAGUAAUGUUAGCUGCUGGAUACAUAAUGGUUUUGUUACCAUAGAUGACGAGAAAAUGUCGAAAUCAUUGGGGAACUUCUUCACUAUACGUGAGGUUACUCAAUUGUACCAUCCCAUUGCAUUGAGGUACUUCUUGUUGGGGACGCACUACCGAUCUCCUGUUAAUUACUCAAUAUCACAGAUAGAAAUUGCUUCAGAAUCUGUGUAUUACAUUUAUCAGACCUUACAUGAUAAUGAAGAAGCUUUGUCUGCUUUCCAACAAGGAACCGAAACAGAAACAAAAGUAAAGGGGGUGCGUGUUAGCCCUCAGGCCCAAGAAUGCAUCAGCGAGUUGCGUAAUGAGUUGGAGAUAAAGCUUUCUGAUGAUUUGCAUACACCUGCAAUUUUAAAUACUGCUCUUCAAGAAGCCCUUAGACUUAUGAAUAGCUAUGUGAACAUGCUGAAGGUGGGAACUCUACCUUCUUUUUUCACUUCUGCUCAUGGCUGGUGUGGUACAAAUGUUCCAUUAUCUCUUGAUACUUUCCAGAAAAAGCAGCAACAGUUAUCUGUUAUUCUGUACCUAACCGAGCUCCAGAAAGAAGUGAAGGCAGUGCUAGAUGUCCUUGGAUUGCUCCUUGGUUCAACUUGUGCUGAGGUUUUGCAGCAGUUUAAAGAGAGAGCACUGAAAAGGGCUGACUUGACGGAGGAAGAUAUUUUGCGUGCAAUAGAGGAAAGAGCACUAGCAAGGAAAAAUAAGGAGUUUGCAAGAAGCGAUCAGAUUAGAACAGAUUUAGUGGCCAAGGGAAUUGCUUUAAUGGACAUAGGGACAGAAACAGUUUGGAGGCCUUGUGUAAGACGUGGACAAGAACAGCCUGCCCCGCCAGCUCAACUUGAGCAGUCUGCUGCAGCAGUGCAAAAAGAACCGCCUGUUGCACCAUCUCAACUAAAACAGUCCGCUGCAGCACGGCAAAAAGAACAGCCUGCUGCGUCACUUCAACCACCACCUUGGUCAUGCGCAUUGGCAAUUAGUAAAGAGGAUCAUGACAUAUCUGAAGGAACUACGGAUUACACACUUAGUCACCAGGGCAACAAAUAUCUUGAGAUUAAUUGGACACAAUGAUGUUGAGCAUGGAGGAGAUUUAGAUGAAAGGAAGUCUAUCUCUGGAUGUGUUACUUACUCAUUGAUGGCGUAAUGUCAUGGAGUAGUAAGAAACAAUUAUUGUAUAUCAUUAUUUGUGAUGAAAGUCGAGUAUGUGGCUCUUGCAUAAGCAACAUAAGAAGCUGUUUGGUGGAAAAGGUUCUUGGAGCACUUAUUGUAUAUCACAUAAAAUAUUGAACCAAUGUUAGUCUACUGUGACUGUGAGACUGCAAUAUCCUCUAUGCGAGACACAUGGUUAGAUUCAAGGUGGUAAACAUGAAGUAUGCGUCUACAAAAGAUAUGUUAGCAAAACCAUUGAUCCAGACUUUGUAUAGAGAUGUAUUUAUCAGGCACACUAGGUCUUAAGGCUUGGAUAAAGUUUGAAAUACUUCAUUCUAAUCUUUAAUUUUCAUGUUCACAAAACUGAUAGUUCUUUGAUUAUUGAUAAAUUUAAUUUACAAACA